AUGUACUUGGCCAGACUAAAAGCUAACAAGGAGCCCAGAUGUCGCGGCAGCCCGCCAGCUUCCAACCUCGAAGACCUCAAAAACCAAUUGGUAACUCGAGCCCUGACCCUACACACAAUUACGGUCAAGGUGCUCGCGGACUCACGUGACCGAUUUAUCGACCCUUACAACCCCUUCUUCAACACACUCGUGCACAUCCUAGCGGUGCGGCGCAUGCUCUCAGCCGAACACUUCAGUUCCGCCACCCAGGGCUACCCUGAAUUCCGACACUGCGGUCUCGCGAGCAGGAUCUACACCUAUCAUACUUCACAUCCCCCAUCCGCUGCUAUGCGGACGUCGUUACGCACCUUUAACUUGGGGCUGCGAUCGGCUACGAGCCAUUACACCCAAAAAUCUACCCGAAAGUCAAGCUUGAGUCAGUAUGCGGAAAGAUCAACAACUGACAUCGCAACGUGGGGAUGUUCGGGGGGGCUAGCAUCCAGUACUACGUUGGACACACUACAUUAG